UAUUCAACACCAAAUUAAAUUAAAUGAAUCACAAACACAAACAAUAAAUGGGUAUGAAGCUUUACUCGCUAGUUUUGUUGUUGCUUGCCUUGGCCUGGAUAUCCGAGGCCGGGCAGCUUGUGGUAUAUUGGGGUCAAAAUACAAAUGAGGGUAAGCUUGAAGAUGCAUGUAACACUGGAAAAUAUAGUAUAGUUAACAUUGCGUUUCUCUUUCAAUUUGGUAAUGGCCAAUCUCCUAUGAUGAACCUUGCUGGUCAUUGUGAUCCUACUGCAUGUCAAGGAGUUAGUAUUGACAUCCAUAAUUGUCAAAGAAACGGGGUGAAGGUCAUGCUCUCGAUUGGGGGUGGCUCCAGUACAUAUUCAUUGUCAUCAUUUGAUGAUGCCCGUCAAGUAGCUGAUUAUAUAUGGAACAACUUCCUUGGUGGCCAGUCAACUUCCAGACCUCUUGGUGAUGCGGUCCUAGAUGGUGUUGACUUUGUUAUAACACAAGGCAUGGAGCAAUUCUCUGCUUGUUAUAUUACUCUUGCUACUAGGCUACGCGAACAUGGUCAAAGUCGCAAAAAGAUUUACCUAGCCACGGCUCCACAAUGUCUAUUUCUAAAUGCACUUAGUACCAACCUGGACAUAUAUGACUAUGUUUGGGUUCAAUACUUUGAUAACCCUCGAUGUGAUUUCAAUCCCAACAAUCCCACAAGUUUUAUGAACUCGUGGCGUAAAUGGGCAUCCUCGGUAUCUUCUAAUAGUACGCUAUUUGUUGGAUUAGCUGCUUCUCUUGAUGCCACGACAGCAGGAUAUAUUCCAAGGAAAGAAAUGCUUUCACAAGUUAUACCGUUUGCUAAGCAGUUUCCAAACUAUGGAGGUGUCAUGCUUUGGAAUGUGUACUACGAUGGUCGAGAAGGGUAUAGUGAUGACAUUAAGAGCAGUGUUUGAUACGUUUAUUUUGUUACAAUAUAUGAUAAGCAUAU